CUUCGGCAGUCGCAUAAACACAACGCAUCCGAUAUGCAACGGAACGCAUUUUCGGACGCGGCCCGAGUCGUUCCGAGGUGUAGCGUCCGACGAUCGCGUAUAUCAAUCAUAAUAAACAGUAACAACAAAAACAUUUUUGUUAUUAAAUUUAUGUUGAGUUAAAUGCAAAACAAAAGCAAAAACAAAAUACAACAAGUAAAAGUGCAAUCUAUUAACAAAAACAAAAAGGUUAAUAACAACAACAAAAACUAGCAAAAAUAAUUAAAAAAGUAGCAGUUACUUUUGAAUUAUUUUAAAUGCUGCAUAAAUAUUAAAUGUUAUGUUAAAACAUAUCACCAAAUACAACAAAUUAUAAUUAUAAUAAUUAAUACACCCACAACAAUAACAAACGGGCAACUGUCAAAAUUAAAAAAAAAACAACAACAACAACAAAAACAAACACAACAAUUACCGCUGUCUGCAAAUUGAACAUAAAGAUGAAAUAACAACAACAACAACAACAACUACAACUAGAGAAAAAAGAAAAGCUGAAACCGUUUCAUUUUUUACGGUGCAUAUUAUUUACUUUGUGCGCCACACUAAAAAAAAAAUAAAGAAGGAAAAUACCAGCCAGCCAACAGUCCAAAAAAUACAUAGCAUCAAAAAAUCUGCAACAACAACAGCAACAACAAUAACAAUAAUAAUUGCCUGCAUUUGGCCUUUUGUGCGCGCACCUAAAAAAAAACGAGAAUUUAAAUUGUAUAUAGGCACUACAUAUAAAAAGAAAAAUUAUUUGCUUAUAUACACUAUAUAAAUGUAUUGUAUGCGCUGUUCAGCAACACCAACUGCAACACCAACAACAACAACAGCAACAACUACAACAAGAGCAGCAGCAACAACAUCGGCCGCAGCAGCCGAGACACAAUUACAGCAAAACGCCCCAACAACUCCGAGAGCCCAGCGCUGACUACCGUGCCACGUCCAGCGUGGCUGUAAAUUGCUGUUGUUGUUGCUUUAUUUACAUUUUUGUAUUUUUUACAUCGACUGCGCAGUCAACGUGAGUGGCAGCAGCAGCAUCGACAGCAGCAUCAACUGCGGCCGCAUCCACAUCAAUUUGGCUUUUGGGCAAAAGUAAUUUAAGAAAAAUAUAUGUGAUGCUAUGCACAUCAGCAGCUAUGAAUUAUGCUUAGAACGCGUCGCUGAGGAAUUCAUGGGUCGCAGGAAAUGGAAACAUUAUCAAGAUCAACUGACGCGCAACCAAUUGAAUAUCGCAGAGCAACAGCCCAUAUCAAUAACGACAGAAGCAGAAGACAGCAAACACAAACAGAGCCACUGCGAGCCACUGAACCACCGUUUAGCGCAGCCCAACGGCCAACAUUUCAACAACAACAACAGCAACAACAACAACGGACCGCUGCCAUUUGAAAGCGAUUUUGACAACAACCACACAUCACAAGACCACGACUCAAGUGCAACAUCACGUAGCUCAGGCUCACCGUCACCACCGCCAGAACCCAACGAUUGGACACCGUCUGAUAAGUGCAAUUUCUGUGUUAACGGUCGCUUGCUAACGGUAAACGCCAAAGGCGAAUUGGUGGCCGAAACAACGGCAAUCGCGUCCAGCAACAACAACAACAACAACAUCAUCAACAACGGCACAGCUGUGCAGCAGCACGACAGCGACAGCAAUUCGAGCGCAUCGCUGCACAAUAGCAGCAGAAAUAACAACAACAUUAACAACAACAACAACAAGCAUAGAGCACGCAACGCCGCUAACGCCGCCACGACGUCAUCGUCAACAACUUCUAUAGAACUUUACAAGCUGCUCACCCAGCAAGCAACUGAAAUGACAUCGAUGGACUCGAUGGCCGCCAAGCUGGCCCAGUUCACCAUGAUGGCCGAUUUCAAUUUGAUGAACACGCUGGCCAAUCAACAACAUGCUAACUCGGUAACACCAACUACCUCGGAAUUAUCAGCCGCCGCUGGCAGUCCCACACUCAAGGAUACGCCCAGUCCGAAUGCAGAUGCACCAUUGGAUCUAAGCAGCAAGCCAUCGCCAAAUUCAUCGAUCAGCGGCGACAUAAAGACAGCCAGAGCUCUGUCGGACUGCGCCACGCCCCUAGCAGCGGCACGCCACACGUACAGCAACGAGGAUUUGAAUAGCGUGCUGCAGGAUGUGCUGGUCAAUAAGCUGGGCACGCGCAAAGCGGCCAGCCAGUACCAAGCGCAGCGCACCAUGCUGCGCAAAAAGCAGUGCAAAAUGUCCUUAGACGGCAAAAGGACGAACGUGCCAACGCCGCCAGAGCUGCAGCAGCAGCUGCAGCACGAACUGGAUCUGGACGAGCAGGAUGAAUCCGGCGAGGAGGCUGGCGAAGGCGAUAGCAAUGCGUCGACGCCAGCGCCUGGCUUUAAUGAAAUCGCCCAACGCAUUGUAGCCACUGAUCAUCUGUGCAAGCUGACCAGCAUAUCCGAGCACAAUGGCAGCGAGCUGGGCGACGAGCUGGAAUCAGUUAUGUCGCCAAAGCCGACGCGUUCACAGAGCGGCGGCACACCAACUGGACACAUACCAGCUGCAGCUGCUGCAACAGCUGGCGGCAAUGCCGCUGGACUGCCCAUGCCCAUCGAUGCACGUGUCCUGUUGCAUACACUAAUGCUGGCAGCGGGCAUUGGCGCCAUGCCCAAGCUGGACGAGACGCAGACGCUGGGUGACCUGUUCAAAACGCUGCUGAUGGCCAACAGUGGCGGCAUCAUGAGCGAGGCGCUCGCCGGCGUUGUGGCGCCCGGCCUCGAGAGUAACGGCAGCGUCUCGUUGCUGCAACAGCAGCAACAGCAGCAGCAGCAGCAGCUAAAUAGUGUUGCUGCAGUUGCCGCCUAUCGCCGGCACCUACCAAAGUCUGAAACGCCUGAGACCAGCUCCUCGUUGGAUGCCAAUGAGGCAUGCGAGGAUCCCAUACUGAAGAUUCCGUCCUUCAAGGUCAGCGGUGCGCCCAGCGUCUCGCCCACGCUGCAUUGCAGCAGCAGCAGCAGCAACAACAAAAACAACAACCACAACUCAAACAGCAGCAGCAACCGCAACGGCGGCGGCGAUCACAGUCCACACUCCGCCUCACCAAUGCUUGCAGCAGCUGUAGCCGCCGUCGCGGCCAACAACAGCUACAGGCAGAACAGCAGCAACAGCAGCGGCAAUUUGCUGUCGUCAUCGGCAACAUCGAUACAGAAGAUGAUGGCCAACACCAUACAGCGCAAGAUCAACGAGCAGAGCAGCCAGGACAGCCUGUUGGGUCUGGAUAAGCGCAACAAUGGCAACACAAGCGGCAGCGAGUGCAGCAGCAGCGGUGGCGGCGGUGGUGGUGGUGGCGGUGGCAGCGGCAACGUCGGCAGAAAGCCCAGCAUAUCGGUGGCAAAAAUUAUUGGCGGCACAGACACCUCACGCUUCGGUGCCUCACCUAAUCUGCUCGCCCAGCAACAUCACAGCCAUCUGAGCGCCCAUCAUGCCCACCAGCAUCAGCACCAGCAUCAGCAACUCAGUGCACAGGAUGCCGCUGCACUGGCCGCCGGCAAGGGCACGCGACCGAAGCGGGGUAAGUACCGCAACUAUGACAGAGACAGCCUGGUGGAGGCAGUCAAGGCCGUACAGCGCGGCGAGAUGUCUGUGCAUCGUGCCGGCAGCUAUUACGGUGUGCCACACUCAACGCUGGAGUACAAGGUGAAGGAGAGGCAUUUGAUGCGGCCACGCAAACGUGAGCCGAAGCCGCAGCCGGAUCUCGUGGGACUGACAGGCGCAGCAAAUAAAGUGAAUUUGACGGCACUGAAUCAUCUGGAUAAGCUGAAGUCCGGCAACAGCAGCAGCAACGCCAACAACAGCUCCGGCUCCAAGCUGAGCAACGCGCUGAAGAACAACAGCAGUGCGGCAGCUGGGACAGCGGCAGCACCCAAUGGCAUGAAGCUGCCCAUUUUUGAUGCCGCACCGCAGUUGUCCUUCCAGCCGAGCAUGUUCUGGGCACAGCCAAAUGCUGGCGCCAACUAUGCACUGGACUUCAAUCGCAGUCCUGAGUUUCUUAACUCGCACCUGGCCGAGGUGAUGCGCAGCAGCCCGCUGGGCGUGGUCGCCAAUCAUCAUGGCCAUGGCGGCGUGCACAUGACCAGCGCCGUGGACUUUGCCGAGAACAUGUACGACGGCAUCAUACGGAACUCCCUCAAGAAGGAUGGCGAUGUUAUUGCUGGCAGCGGCACCAGCGGCAAUGGCAAUGGCAAUGCGCUGCUGGAUCAGCUGCUGGUGAAGAAGACGCCACUGCCAUUUACCAAUAAUCGUAGCAAUGACUACAUCAGCGCCGCCUGUUCCAGUUCCGAGAGCGUCAAACGUCCGGGUAGCCCGCUGAGCGCCUAUUCGGAUAUUAAGCGCGAACGCCUCAGUCCCAUGCGCAGCGCCGAAAGUGCCAGCAGUGAUGAGGAUCAUGAGCAUUCCAGCAACAACAACAACAACAACAAUAGCAACAAUAACAACAACAGCGACCUGGCGCACAACAAGAACAACAACGGCAGCAGCAGGAACAACAACAAGAACAACAACAACGGGAAUGGACGCAGCCGCAUGACAUCGCGCGACUCGGAAACGGACGCCAGCAGCUUGAAGAGCGAGCAAUCGCACAGCUCGGCUCAGCUCGCCGGUGCUGGCAACAAAAUUAUGGAUCUCAAUGGCAGCACAGGUGUCAAAUACGAGCUGGAGCCAACAGCAGCGCAAAUCUCACCCAGCAAUUCGAUAUUGCACGAGAAGCUGGCGCAGAUCAAGGCCGAACAGGCCGAUUGCAACGCACCCGAGGAGCAGUUAUAGAGCAGGUGGCAUUCAGGCGACUGUCCGCAGCAGCAGCAGCAGCCACAGGUGGCACCAACAUUUGUGUGGCCUCCGCUGGCCACACACUACUAUAGUUUCUAGUUGGGCAGUGGUUAGUUGAGCACCCGGUCACGUGUAGUUGUAUUGUACAGGCAAUCGAAGAUUGAGUAUGUGUCUAUAAAUCAUAUAAGAAAAAGCAAACCAAAUUUUUAAGUAUAUAUACGCUAUAUAUGUAUAUACAUAUAUAUAUAUAUAUAUAUAUGCAUAACAAAGCAAAGAGCCCGAUUUGAUAAGUGGGAAGCGGCGGGGCAUAUAGAGCAGCGUCCUGGCUCUGAUUGUUAGUAGUUAAUAAACACAAUACAAGACAUACAUUAUAGCAUACAAACAUAAUUAAAUAUGUAUUUACACAUAUGAAGUACACAAGAACAGUAACAAACAAUAACAACACCAACAACAACAACAAGCAAACAAACAUGCAUAAAUACACACAGUAUUUAUGUAUAUUAAUUGUUUAGUUUUUGACAAUCGACAAAUAGGCAUUCUCUUGUACAAACUUUCUAAAAACAAAACAAAACAAAAACCUAAAAACAAAUAAACAACAACAACACCAAGUAAAUAAACAGCAAAAUAAUAUUAUAAGACCAAAACUGAACUUAAAACAAAAGAAAACAUUUUUUAUUUGCAUUCUCUAUUCUGUUAAGUACCGAAAAACUAAGAUAAAACAAAAGACCCCCAUACAUAUAUAUAUUUUUUUAAUUAAAAAUUACAAAAAACAAACCAACAGCCCACAAUGCAAUAAAAAAAAUAUCAACAGCAAAGCAGUUACAAGCAAAGAACAGCCCAUCUAUGCAGCGCCUGCUUGCGAAUUGUUACCAAAAUUCAUGGAAAAUGAAACAUUCCAAACUUUCUACGUUUUAAUCUUUUGAAAACUUGACUUAAGCACUUCAAUUGUGAUUCUCACUUGACUUUCGCAAACGCAAUGCAGACGCCAGUUGCAUAGCUACUGACAAACCCGACUACAAUAACCACAGCAAAGACCAUAACUAAUGAAUACCAACAACAACAACAACAACAACAUCUACAAUAUCCGAUCAAUAACAACAGCAAACUUAAUAGCCAACAAGCAAUAAUAACAAUAACCAUAACAAUACAACACUACAAAAAACACAACAAGAACAAGAAAUAGCAAAACAAAAUUCAAAAACUACAACCAAAUUAUACUUAAAUUCAUUUCAAUUCAACAAAAUGACAUAUUAAUUUCCAUUAAUUAAAGUCGAAAAUAAAUGAAUACUUACAACCCUGAAACCUUAAUGAAAAUGAAGCAUACAAAAAAACGGAAAUCAAUAAACAAAGCUGCCUUCACAUUUACAAAUUAAAUAAAUUGAUAAGAGGAACGAGAAACGUUAGAUAAAAGCACACAAAAUGAUAAUAAAACAAAAAAUCAAAAACCAAAUUGAAAUAUACGCAAACGCAAAAUUCACAACAACUAAAUCCACCACCAAAAACCAACAAAAAGACACAACCCAAAUCGACCCCAUCAAAUUCACAAAAAAAAAAAAUUCGAUAUAAUUUAAAAAAAUCAAAAUUAAAGUUUUACAUAUUACACAAGACACCAAGAGAAAGAAAAUUACAUACAAAAUAUAUAGAGCAACAAAAAAAUAUUAUUAUUAAAUAUAUGCAACUUGUAUAUGAAAGACAAAUUUUGAUGUUUCGGUGUUUAAAUAAAUAAAAUUUAACUAUGUGUUUAGGCAGUAAAAGAGUAUAAAGAAAAUUCCACAUUGGCUAAGUAAAUAAUUCGGCAAAUAUAAUGGCCCAUAAAAAUAUAUAUAAAAGAAAUGAUAUGAAAACAAGUCUUGAUAUAAGCAUUAAAUAACUCGAUAUCUAUAUAUAUAUAUAAAUAUAUAUAUAUAUUUAUGUAUGUGUGUGUCUUCAUCACUACGCGUAUACCUCAAACAAAACACAUGAUCAUUUUGAGCAACUAUAUAUAUUUAAAUGUACUUAUACACUCUAUACACAUCUUUACACAAUAUACAAGAAAAGCAACAACAAGAACAACAACAACAAAUGAAACGUCUAACAUAUUUACACCGUAAAAAGUAACAACCUCUCCUACCAGUACACACUUGUAACACCUUUUUUGGCCAACAUUGAGUCACACAUGCCCUUUCGAUGUCUCUUGAUUUAAGAAACUUUUCAAAAUUAUAGAUGGGUUACUAAAUGUAUGCGUAAAUAAAAAAUCAAAAACAAAAAAAAAUCAAAGAGUAAAUAUAUAUAAAUGUACCUAAAAAACAUAUUUUGUGUGCUAGUUAGUAAGUGUCAAAAAGAAUUAAAAAUAUUAAAAAAUAAAUAAAAAUAAAAACAAUUUAAUUAUAACAAAAAAAAUAUAUAUACAACAAACAUAUGUAUUUUUAAAGUCGGUAUGUCAAAGUGUUUAGUAAAUUGUAACGACAAAACAAAAAUAUAUAACAAAAAUUCUAUUCAGUUAAUUUGUGAAAGAAAGUAAAAAGAAUAUAAACAAAAUCAUUUAAAAGCAUUUAAAGCAAAACACAAUAAAUUACUUAUAAUUUAAGCAUGGAAAGUUUAAAGUAUAUUUAUUGGCUAAUCUUUAAAAAUACAUUCAAUGUGCAUAAAUGUUGUGGUUAGUAACAAAUAUCUGUACGAUAAAAUUCAAAAUUUAUAUUCAGGCCUACAUUAAAAACAAAAAAAAAAACAAAAAAAAAAUGGCAUUUGGUGUAUCAAAAGAAAUCAAAAAAAAAAACAAUGUAAAAUUUAGUAAAUUAUUUGCAUGAUGGCGUGCAAAACGUGUGCGUAUCAAACCAACAAAAAAUUGUUUAUUAUACGACAACAACAACAAAAAAUCAAAAAACAAAAAGUAUUUAUUGCUAAUUUAAUUAUAUUUGAAGUAUACAUAAAUAUUUAUUAUACAUACAUAUAUACAUAUAUAUUAGACACACUAUCUGUGAUUAAUAAUCCAAAAUUUUGAAGAAACUUUUUCUGACUAAUGUUGGUUAGGCAUACAAGAAAAACAAACACAAUCUAAACAAAAAUUAAUAAUGAAAACUUAUUAUAAUAAUGAAACAUAUAAAAAAAAGAUAUAAACAAAUUGUAAAAUGAUCGGAUAAAAAUAAUUAACAACAAUAACUACACAGAGCACAAGCAAAACUAUCAUGUUUUUGAAGCGAAAGAGAAUUCUUAACUGCAGCCACAAGUUGCAACAAACAGCAGAGAAAAUAAUAUGGCAAUAGAUUACUUUUUCGAACUCUAAAAUAGCAGGGCAACAACUACGGCACAUUACUACAAAACAGACGACAUUUCAGAACGCAUAUAGGUGUAAAUAUAUUUUGGAACAUUUUUUACUCAAAACUACCCAGAAAUGCAGAAAAAAAAACCUGUCUACUAUAAACAAAAUUAUAAUAACAGCUUUGAAAAUAAAACAAUGCAGUGUAAACAUUUUAUAAAACAAAAUUAUACAAAAAAAAACUAAAAAAAAGAAACACACAUUAAAGAAAAAAACAAAAUUCCAAACAAAAAAAUAUGCAAUUGCAAAACAAAUAUUUUGUUUAAGAAAAAAAAUUGCAAAAAAAGUAAAACAAAUUAUAUGUAAAAAGACGAUAAACAAAAAUCAAAUUAAAAAUAAUGAAAAUAAAAAUAAAGUGCAAUUAUACGGUUUAUAUGUAUUAAGAAGCAAACGUUAUAAAUUAUACGAAAUUUAGCUAAUAUUUCGAAGCAUGUUCAGCAUAAUUUCAAGGCCGGUUCGUUGAAACCAACCAAAUAAUUUGAAAAGUUUAUUAACUAUGAAUCUACAAGCAUGCCAGGUCUGGGCGCUUUGUUUUGUGCUUUGUGUCUGAUCCAAACAGAAAACAUUGCACGAACCAAAUGUACUAAAAAAUGCAAACACAUUAAAAAAGAAAUGUUAAAGAAAUACCCAACAAUACACACACACACAGACAAAAUGGCAUUCUUACAAGUAAAUACAAUAGAGAAAAGUGAAAAGCGAAAAGCGAAAACUGAAAACUGCAAGCCGCAUGUGAGGGCGUGAGAUACUGAAAUAUCAACCUAAUGUUAGGUCUUAGAGUCGAGUGUAAUGAGUAACAGCUUGAGAAUGUUGAAUUGUAUAGAAUUUUUGCAUGCCAACCUCUGGCCCCGUGCAGUUUGCCCAAAUACGCCCAAGAAAAGUUGGCAACAAAAAGGUGACAACGCGCAGCCACGGGGGCGGGGGUGGGGCGUGCAGAAACGCUCAGGUACGUGUUUUAUUUUUCGGAGAGAAAAAAGAUUGAUUACCCAUACAUUACUUAUUCUUUGUUUACUACAAAUUAAUAGUUAAUAAUUGUAAAAAAAAAAAACAAAAAACAUUAAAUCGAUAUACUUACUAAUAAUUAUAAAAUUGUUUAAAGACGAGUCUUAGCAUUUUUUAUAUCAUGCUUUAAGAAUUGCUCACCUUUGUGUAUAAAAUAUAAUUUGUUCAACAUGAAUCAAAAUUUGCUGAAUGUAAGUGCAUAUACUUAGUGUCUAUUUUCUCUCUUUAAUUUAUGUAUAUGAAUUAGUGCAUAUUAUUAUUACAAUUAUUCUAAUUAACUGUACGCGCAGUCCACGCAAAAUAGGCAAAUCAAAAUUUUACUUAUUAUUACGUAUAUAAACAUAUAUAUUUAAAUUUUUUUUUUAAAUAUCACAAUGAAACACACAUACUUAUGUAUAUUAUUAGCAGCGUGUAGCAGACUGGCGUGCUGAAACUGUUGUUAGCCUUGAUUUGUGUUUUGUAUAUAUUAGACAACAUUAUAAGCAAUUCUCUUUAAACAAUUUUUAUUAUAAUAUUACGAACGGGCAACACAUUUGACUUAUAGUGCAAUUGUUUCAAACAACUAACAAAUAUAUAUUAAUAACAACUGAUAUAAUUUAACAGAUUUCUUUGCAAUACCAAGAAGUAUGUAUAUGUAAACAGCAACAAUUAUUAUUUAACCAAGAAAACCUUUAAUUGAAAAUCAAAAAUCAUUAUAAGUGCACAUAACUUUUUAUAGACAUUUAAAAUAUGCCUAGGUUCUCCAAUUAUAUGCACGCAACUAAAGUCAAAGUCAGUUUUAAUUUUGCUAAAAACAAUCAUUUGCAGUCAAAAACCAAACAUCACAAAAUUCAAUUGUUAUAUUAUUCUCAAGCAGUUCAACAAACGAGAAACCAUUCAAAAUAAUACAAUGUUUAGUUGUGCCAACAAAACUAAUUCAGAACACGAUCCUUUUACGUUUUACUUGAGCGUUAAGCGAUCUUCAAUAAAAAUGCAAAGAAUACAACCAGACAGCAAGAAACAAUAGCCCAAAUCUGCCCAGAAAAGCCAACCACAACAACACCAUUGGUAACCAACAACAAUAGCCCAAAAUAAUUGAACUAAAAAUUGAAAUAACAAUAUACAAUAUCUAAAUAUUGUAUACCAGUACAUAUAUAACUACUAUGUAUGUAAUCAUAUGAAUGAGACAACAAAACACAAAGCCUGACGUCGAUUGUACUUUUCUUUUUUCUUCAAGCAAUUACCAAACAAUUUAAUUAAACAAUAGUACUACUCUUACUACAAACUAAAAUAGCAACAGUAAUAGAAAUAGCCAUAGCCACAAACAAUUAACAUUAAAACAAACAAGUAAACAAACACACACGACACACAGAAUUAACAAACCCGAAUGAAAAACAAAGAAACAAACUCAAAACAACUAAUUUUCAAUUCAAUUUCAAUUCAUAGCAAUAACCAAUACAAUACCCACAUAAUUAACGAUCAUAGCCAAGCAUACAAUAGACAAGACAAUUAAGACAGCAAGAGAAAAAAGAAGCAGAACAUGAUCGAGGAGAGCGCAGAGCAGUUUUCACAUGGCGUAUGCGCAACAUUUUGCAUUGCGUAUACGCAGCAUUGCACAAGAAUAUGCAAGGCAUUCGCAAAAACGCUCGAAACGUUUGUCAUAAGAAAAUGAAACAAUUUUUAUUUCAAUUAUCCACUCAACCAUCACUCUUUAUAGAUACAGAUACAGUAAACAGAUAAAAACAAAAAAACAAAAAAAAACAAUAGCCCUAGUAAAAAAUAUUAAUCAUAUUAACCAAUAAAAAUAAAACCAA